CAUAAAAUUCAAGAAUGAAACAGUUUGGAUUUUAAAUUCACUCACAGAAGUAGAAAAUCCAUGAAAGAACAGUAAAUCGACUUUCAAUCAAAUAAACACAUCUAGCUGCAAGAAUACUGAGCUGCCAGAAUGUUUGCCAACAACAAGUUGACAUUUUUCUUGUAUACAGGGCAUAAUUCGUUAAGCGUGUUUUCAUCAAGUAGAUAGUUGAGCGUGGAUCUUAUCACCCACACACCUAAUGCCCAAAGUCAAACGAGAAAGGGAUAGAACUCCCAAAUUUUCUGAAUGACAACCAUCAACCUAAAGCACCACUGCAACAAAUGCACAUGGUAAAUACAGAUAAUGAUUACAAAUUUCCAGGUAGUUACAAACUUAUUAUUAUUUUGAUAAGCAGGUAGUUACGGGGUUGUUGUUGUUGUUGUAUAAGCAGGUAGUUACAAAAUUAACAAAGUUAACAAACGUGAGAAUUAGGAAAUAAGUGCAGUAAUGGUGUUAUUUAGGGGUGGCAUUUUCAGCCCAAGCCCAACUAACCCGCCCAACUAACCCAGCAAAUAAUGGGUUGGGCUGAAACAAUUUUAUUAAUGGGUCAUUCUGGGCUAAACCCAUUUCAACCCGUUAAAAUAGUUAGCCCAACUCUAACCCGUUUAGGUGCCCAAACAAACCCGUCAAACUCCCAAAACCUAAACACAAGACAGACGCUUUCUCUUCCACUCUCUGUGCACUCAAAAGAACGACCAGUUUCUCUCUGAACUUCAAAUACGAUCUCGGGUCUCUGUCUUUUUUCCGGCGACUUCCAUUUCUCCGACGUAUUCCUUCUCUCCGGCGAACUCUUUGCUGGAGAUUUCACUGGAUCUCGAAUUUUCACGCAUAAUGAUCUCAUUGUGUAAGAAGAUGUCGAUAGAGCAUGAUGAUGUAGAGUCCAAUGAAAUAAGUGUUUCAAGUUCAAAAAGACAACGUAAAACUACUUCUGUUGUGUGGGAUUUCUAUGAGAAGUUGCCAUUGGAUAUGGAUCCUGAUAAUAGACUUAGAGCUAAAUGUAAGAAAUGCGGAAUAAUAUUUUUGGCUGACUCAAAAGCUGGAACAACAAAUUUAAAGCGACAUCUAGCUAAACACAAGAUUGAAGCAUCAAAGCAAGGUACGUCAAUUGAUCAUAAAGAAUAUCGUGAAGUUGUAGCCAAGGCUAUAGUUAGACAUAACCUGCCAUUUAGUUAUGUAGAAUAUGAAGGGAUUAAAGAAGUGCAUACGUUCUUGAAUCCUACGGUUAAAACCAUUUCAAGAAAUACCGCAAAAGUUGAUGUGCUUAAAUUAUAUCAUGAUUAAAAAGAGAUGGUAAAAAAAAUGAGCUUGAAGCUAUUCCAAAUAGAAUCAGUUUGACAUCUGAUUUAUGGUCAUCAAUCACGUCAAAUGGAUAUAUUUGUGUUACUGCGCACUAUGUUGAUUUGGAUUGGAUUUUACAAAAGAGAGUUUUAAUCUUUCGUCAUGUGGCUCCUCCUCAUAGUGGUGCUAUUUUGGGUCCAAAGUUGAUUAAUCUGUUGAAAGAAUGGGGAAUUGAAAAGAAAAUAUUUUCUAUAACUUUAGAUAAUGCAAGUUAUAAUGAUGGUGUUGUGGGUUGCUUGAUUGAGCAUUUUAAGCUGAUGGAUUCUUUGCUUUGUGAUGGAGACUUUGUCCAUAUCAGGUGUGCAAAUCAUAUUUUGAAUUUGAUUGUUAAAGCAGGUUUGAAAACAAUAGAGAGUGCUAUUUUUAACAUUAGAGAAAGUAUAAAAUAUAUUAAAGGUUCUGAGUCAAGGAUUGUAAAAUUUGUUGAGUGUAUCAAGAAUCUUGGUUUAAAGUUAACAGGAAAAGUGCGCCAAGAUGUGUCUACAAGGUGGAUUAUACAUAUUUGAUGCUUGAUAGCGCUUUUCCUUAUCGUCGAGCAUUUUCUGACUUCAAGAUACUUGACAAAGAUUUUACAUGUUGCCCUUCAGAUGAGGAUUGGGUUAAAGCUGAAACAAUUGCUAAGUUUCUAAGGCCUUUUUAUGAAAUCACUACACUAUUUUUUGGGAGCCGUUAUCCUACAGCCAAUUUAUAUUUUCAUAAAGUUUGGAAAAUCCAUAUGUUGAUAAGGGAAGAGAUAGGUAGUGAGGAUCCUAAUAUUAAGGCGAUGGCUAUGGAAAUGGAGAAGAAGUUUACAAAAUAUUGGCAAGACAACUAUAGUCCAAUUGCUUCUAUGGCGGUCGUACUUGAUCCUCGAUAUAAGUUAAAAUUGAUAAAGUUUUGCUUCUCAAAACAUGAUCCUUUGACUUGCAAUGAAAAAGUUAAGAUUGUUGAGGAUAAUUUGCAUAGGUUGUUUAAAGAAUACAUAACAAUAUCUGAUGUUGGGAUUGUUGGAAGUAGUAGUCAUGGAUGUUAUGAUGAAACAAUGGACGAAAUGAAUGAAUUUGACAUGUUUGAAAGUCCGUCUGAGUAUAGUUCAGAAAAGACACAGUUGGAUUUAUACUUGGAAAAGCCUGUAUUAGUUCGCAAAGGAAAUGAAAAUUUAGACGUGCUUACAUUUUGGAAAGAUAAUAGGAGUAAGUAUCCUGAACUCUCAUUGAUGGCUCGUGACCUGUUAAGUAUACCUAUCAGCACAGUUGCAUCCGAGUCAACUUUUAGUGUUGGUGGUCGAGUUAUUGGCAAAUUCCAGAGUUCUAUUUUACCGGAGAAUGCAGAAGCUAAGUUGUGUUCUAGAGAUUGGAUUUAUGGACAUCAAGGUACACUAUAAUUAGUAUCAUGUGAUUUUUAUUUUAUGAACUUUCUUGUAGUUUGACAACUUUUUAAAUUUUCUUAUUUUUAGCUUGUGAUGAUUCUGAAGAGGAGGACAUUGCAAUAGAUGUGGAGAAAAUUGCUGCUACACUUUCAAAAAAAUUGAAUCUUGGUAUGGUUCAGGUUUUUCACCUGAUUGUAUAUUAAGUUCUCCAUUUAUGCACACCUUCCAAAAUUGUGAUUUCUCAUUUUACUUCUGCUGUGUGAUGCUUUGACAGGAUAAUUGUGGUGCUAGAAAAAGGAAGAGGAAAAGUUUGUGUUGAAGAAGAUGUUGACUUGAAUCUUUACUUGGAACUGCAAUUAAUUGUAUGCACGGCAAUUAAUUUGUUGAUAGUAGUUUAGAUAAUCACUCAUCUAGUAUACACUAAUUCGUUGUAAUGAAUUUGAUAACCACAUGUAAAUGGGUUUAGUGCAUCCCAAAUUGGAACUGGGUAAUGGAAUAUCAAAUCCUUACUUGGGAAAUACUCUGUUACAUGAUAUUUGGCAAGAUAUCUUUGCAUAUGAGAUAGAUCUAAAGUUUAUUCUAAACCAUUGGUAGUUGAUACUUGAUAAAACACUUAUGUAUUUAAACAGGGAAAUUCUUAUAAAUUUACUAAGCAAGAUGAGUCAGGUACUUUGUAUAUAUCAAUUAGUUACCAUGAUUCCCUUGUACAAGUUUUGUCACGUGAAAAACUAGUAAGACUUAAAAAAAUAAAAAAUGAAAGAAAAAAGAAAGAAUCUCAAAUUCUCAAUCUAGCUGAGAAAGCAGAAAUAACUUAUCAUAUGUCAAACAUAUCACGAAACAGAUUUGCAGGAGUCACACAAAUUUUCUAUUUUAUGCAAGUAUUUGAAUGUGAAGAAACAAAAUAUUUGGGUCAAGUUGGGCGGGUUGGGAUAUGACCCAUUGUUUAGCCCAUCUUGACCCAGCCCAUCUUGACCCAAGUAAAAUUUAGGUUGGGUUGGGCAUUGACCCAAUUAUUAGUGCAGCCCAUCUUGGCCAACCCAAACUCAGCCCAAACAACCCAUUUGCCACCCCUAGUGCUAUUAGCUUCUGGUUCUGCCUAAUCCAGUGUUUCAUUUAUUGCCAGUAUGAUGCUCCACAAACAAGGAGGAAUGAACAUUCCAUCAAUUAAUAUGAAAUCUCCCAUUCCACCCAAAUUUCAAACUCAAACUUUUGUAUUGACUAUCCUAUUUAGGUUCCUGGAUACCACAAAAUUACAUUAGAAUAUACAUAAAAUAAAGAAUAUAUACAAACUCUUGAUUAAACUUCUGGUAUACUAGUUCCAGAUUGAAGAAUAAUUGUUGUUGUUGUAGAUUGAACAAUUGGAUUAUCACAAGAUGCCUAUCUCCAACUUUUAUGAGAUUGAACCUAGUGUCUUCUUACCUCAAGGUUGUACUUCAAAAACCUCCCAUGAGGAAAUAAUUAAAUUAGACUUUAGCAACCACACGCUAGUUCCAUCUUAAAAAAAUAGAAAUCAGCAAUAAAAACCAGCUUCUUUACAACCUAAGAACAAUGUCCACUUCCACAUGUUAAGAUAUCUACCAGUUGUACAUCUAACUGCUCAGUCUGAUAAUAUAAGAGCAUUCCUAUUAUAUAUGCAGAUGCAUAAUUGAGAAAAGUAGAAAACUUACUUUUUGAUGAUAGCAGCCAGAGUUAAGCACAAGUUAGUUAUUUAAUUAUCAAUUGUGAUAUGCUAUCACCAAUAACAAACACAAAGUAAUAACCACUGUUAGAGUAUCCAUUUUUUUGAUAAGGCACUGUUAGAGUAUCCAUUAAAAGUUUAACACUACCGCUCCUAACUUUUUGUCCUCUUCGACUUUACCUUUUCCUAAAAGUUGGCAUUUUCGGCAAUAUUUUUCUAGAGGAAUCUAGGCGUGUCCACUCUAUUAGGCUUAAAAUGAAAAGUACCAAUAUAUUUCAUUCCAGUUCAGCAGUGUAAAAUCACCAUCACAAUCCAGGUACAGCCUAAAGGGCCCAAAGCUGGCAUUGCAAGUUGCAACAAGGUAAAAAUCAUAAAAUUUGUCUGAAUUUAACUUAUGCCUUAACAGAAAAGGGCAUUUUACAUCACACUUCAUAUUGCUUUGUGCAUAAAGACAGACGCAGAAACUGGGCUUGCUGGAGUCUGAAGAACUUUCAUCCUUGGAUGAGAACAUCUGUAAGAGAUGAAAUAUUAACUACAGAAUCUACUUAUAACAUGCGAGUAUUAUUGUCCUCUACAAAGAGGCAGCCAUGUAUAUUGGUUCUAGUAGAGAAUGUCAGCUGUCAGUAUGCUACUUUACAUUUUUGUCCCCAAUGCAUUUGAAGAAGCCAUGGAAGCUAAACGUGCAAUCAUUGCUACAACAAAAUAACUACAUCCAAAUUACUUUGAGGUUUAACAGGUAACUUAACGGCAGGGAUAGGAGCAAUUUCGUCUCUUCGCGGACAUGGUGAAUUAAAUUUAUGCUGUGAAG